AUGGCAUUUGCGCACGCAGUGCUGCCCUCGGUCGCAUCGCGAACAGCUAGUGCGCCCGCCCAUGCUGCCAAUGCUGCGAGAGUAGUUGGAUCUAGAUCUACUGCUGCUUCUACUUCUACUCCUGGCGUGCCGAACCAGCAAACCUCGCUUUCGUCCUUCCCCCUGUACUCGCGGUCUACGUCUACCUCGGACAUGUCGCAGCCCCCGCGCCCCCCGCGCUCGCCGCUGCCCCCUGCCGCGCUCCCCUCAGACACGGAUCGCACAUCCAAUCCGAGCUCAAAGGGCAAGACAGCCUCGACAGGCACUGCCGUCUCGUCUCAGCAUAGCUCCCUGUCGACGGGCCCGCCUCGCCGCUACGACGCCCCGACCCGCCGCCCGCGCAAACUGCGCUCCCAGUACCCGCGCGGCGCCACCGAGAACCAUGUCGAGUACAUCCUAGUCGCGUCCUUUGACGUCGACCGCGGUCCCGUCAUGGAGCACCAGUAUCCCGUGGCCAUCACGGGCGACGAACACAUGCUGGCCGAGCUCAUGCUUCCCGACCAGGCCCACGUGAGAAACCAGGACUGGACCAUCUUUUUCCUGCACAAGGACACAAGCCAAGAAGAGGACGACGAAGAGCGCCGCGCAAAGGACGAGCGGCGCAGACGGCGCAGGCGCAAGCGGGACCGUGAGAAGGGCAUCAUACAUGAAUCCGACGACGAGGACGAUGAGGCUGGUGGUGAUCUGGACGACGACGACGAUGACGACGACUGGGACGACGAUGCCUCGACGGACAGCGAACCUGAAGGUGGGGCGGGCCCGCCUCUGAUAUACGUCCUCAAUCUAGUCAACACAAAACAAGACAAGACGGUCAAGCGCGGAGCUGUCGUCAAGGCUAUGGCCAUCUGCACCCGGCACCCUUUCCUGCAUAUCUACAAGCCCCUUUUAUUGCUGGCAUUGGAGGAAUACUUUAAAUCGCCAGUGCCCGAGACAUUGUCAAUGCUGUUUACUGCCGUCAACGAUAUGGACUUGUCGCUCAUGCCCAAGCUGAGCUUGCAGGAGCGACACCUGUUGCAGGCCAGCGACAACAAGGACCUCUUUGUGGAGAAGUUUGAGCAGAUGAUCCAGAUGCGAAUAGCCGAGGAUCGGGGGGAGAACGUUACAGACCAGCCUUUCGACGCGAGCAGGAGCCCGCCAAAACGGCCGGGAAUCUUCCGCUCCGGGACCAAGGCGCACAUCGAGGGCCAGUCAACCUACGCGGUCCCCAGGGAUACGCACGAGUUCGAGAGCAAGGUCAUGUACAAGGGAAUCCCCAUUCCCAUCAAGGUUCCUGUGGCUGUCAUGCCCGAGACGGUGGGCGACUUUUCCCUGAUAAAACUCAUACAAAACUUCUCAGACACGCACUCAAAGACGCCGCAAACGUUCCCCUUGCACCCGCACCUGACGACGAAUGGGCCAAACACCCACCCCAUCAUUGUUUUGGUGAAUGCGCUCCUGACACAGAAGCGCGUCAUUUUCUUGGGCUAUAACCUGCCGUCGGGCGAGGUGGCCGAUGCCGUUCUGGCGGCUUGCGCCCUCGCGUCGGGCGGUGUACUCAGGGGCUUCACCCGCCACGCCUUCCCGUACACGGAUUUGACCAAGAUCGACGACCUGCUGAAUGUGCCUGGCUUCAUCGCCGGAGUCACGAACCCGACCUUUGAGCACCAUCCCGAGUGGUGGGACCUGCUCUGUGACUUGCCCAGCGGCAAGAUGAAGAUCAGCAGCAAGAUUGACCAGGCCCCAAUCACCGAAGGGCUCGUGUACUUUCAGCAGCAGAACCCGUCGCACGCCUCUCUGAUCAACAGCUCAACCAACGACCUCACUGGCGACGUGGCCUUUAUGGCGGAUAUUCAGCGCGGCAUAGCUAACCGAGCCGGCGAGCGCGUCAUCCGCGCCAAGUGGAGAGACUGGGUGGUCAAGUUCACCCGCAUCGCGGCGGCCUUUGAGGAGAGCGUAUAUGGCGCGAGCGCCCUCUACAUCGGCAGCGACGAGCACGACACGACGGCGGCGGGUGUCGGCGGCGGCCACGGAUACGUCUGGUGCGACGAGUCCUCCAAGGCCAAGGAGCUGGCGGGCAACGUGACGCGGAUCGAAGGGUGGAGGAACACGAGGAGCUACUACAGCUUCAUCCAGGUGAGAAAGCGGAGAGAGACAAGUCCUUUUCCAGUCCUCUGGGGAGGGCUGGCGUCGGUCAUCCACGCGGCAUUUGAUCCCGAGCUAACCGAGCCAUUACACCCUCAGGACGUGGCACAGCUGUACACGGUGAGGCCCCUCAAGGGGCUAGACCUGCACCACAUGCACGACCGGCUGCGCACGCAGCGCCUGAGCCCCAUGCAGAGCAGGGAGCUCUACUCGACCUUUGCCAAGUACGUGCACUCGUACGACGAGAUCUGCCUGCUGCUGAGCGUGGCGCCCGAGUCGCACGCCGGGCUCUUCUACGUGGCCCUCGGCCUCUUCCACAAGGACCGCGACGUGCGCAUCAAGACGGCCGACCUGCUCGAGCGCAUCGCCGAGCACGACGCCGGCCAGCACUGGUGGAAGGCCCUCAGCCGCUUCGAGAAGCUCGCCUACGUCCGCAUCCGGCGCGAGGCCGAGCUGGAGCUGAGGGCCAAGCUCGAAAUCGGCAACGCCGGGGCCGCCGGCGGGAAUAACAACAAUACCCACAGCGGCGGAAGCAACAGCGGCCACAACAACCACAGGGACGCCUUUAGCAACAACAGCCUCGGCCACCCGUCUGACCCGCGCGACAAGAGAGUCAGCUGA